AUGUCCGCAGGUGCUCCUCCUUCCUCGCUCGAUCCCCGCUCCUCUCGAGUCGUCGUCCCCUCGGCUCCUGUUGCGAUGCUGAGCCCACCUCCACCCGCGGCGGCGGAGGAUGAGAAGCGUCCCUCGCCGCCGUUGAAGAUGAAGCUGCUAUUUCCGUAUGCCGUGAACUGCGUGUUCGGCGGCAUGGGCCGCGCCUGGGGCAUGGCUAUGGUCGGGCUCCACAUUGUGCUCUGCAUCGUCAAGGUACUCUCCUUCACUACAGAUCCCGAGCUGUCCCGCUUCUGGAUACCUAUCUUCCGCGUCUGGGUGUACCUCGGCAUCGCCGCCAUGGUGCUCAUGACGUGCGUGGACAUCGUCUACUACAUGGUGAAGCUGCUUUUUCCGUACGCUGUGUCCUGCGUGUUCAGCGGCAUGGGCCGCCCCUGGGGCAUGGCUAUGAUCGGGCUCCACAUUGUGCUCUGCAUCAUUAAGGUCCUCUCCUUCACUACAGACCCCGAGGUGGCCCGCUUCUGGAUACCGAUCUUCCGCAUCUGGUUGUACCUUGGCUUGGCCGCCAUGGCGCUCAUGACGAGCGUGGACAUCGGUUACUACUUGUAUGGGUUGUAUGCCUUGAAGUUCGAUCCACCACAGCAGCAGCUAGCAGCUAGCAGCGGCAGUGGUGCAGCUCCCGCCUCCACCUCCAGAGAUGGACAUGUGCUAGGUUUGGUCGGUGCUUUCGGUGUUGCUGCUCUACUUGCUCAAGGCGAAGAUGCUUCAGGUUCUUCUGGUUUAGUUAUUAAAUGGCUUUGUGAUGAAGGGAUCAAUGGGAAGGACCAGCGUGCUGAAAAGAUUUUGCUUUCUCUUGCCCCACCAGUCGAAGCAAAGAUAAAGGACAGAUGGUGGCAAACAUCAGUGGAAGCUCAUCACUUGAUGGCCUGA